CCUUUCUCUCUCAGUGUGUGAAUGUAUUUCUAGUUGUCUACUCAUUAAGUCUAAGAGAGUUUCUACCUUCUCGCUGCCUUUAAAAACUUUUCAUUUAUAAGAGUGGUGUGCCUAGCCUAGGUGGUUGUAGGAUUUAGACAUGGUACGGCAGGCAAUGAGCAAAUCCUUUAUUUGGCCCUGUGAAGGGAAACACAGAGCUGGUAUCCUAAUCCUUCCAGGCACAAUCCUACCCUCAAGUCCUUAGUUGUUCUACCUCACAGGCCAUUUCUGCGCCUCAUCUCCACCAGCGAGAAUUGUUGGUCCACCUGUUAAUGACUCAAUAGGCUUAGAAAAUGAGGUGGUGGUUUUCACUAGCCCGUGUACGGGUCCCUUUCUCUCUAUUCCCCUUACUCAGUAAUAACUACUAUUUAUCGAGCUUCUGCCAAGUGACAAGCAUUUGAUUCAUUCAAUUCAAUAUUCAUUCCACAGAUACAUUUUCUGGGUGCUUGCCAUGUACCAGACACUGCUCUGACACUAUGACCUUAUCCUCAUGGCACCCUGCAGAGCAGGAGUUAACAGUUCAGUGAUCUAUUAAUAGAUGAGGAUCCCGAGGGUCAGGGAGAGGAAGGAGCGUGCCAGAGGUCACAUAGCCAACCAGUGUGAGCACCGCACUGUCUGUCAUUUUCUGAUUUGUCUGAAAUAGUGUUUAGAUGCUCUUCUUGGCAUGGGUGUCAAUAGGAGACUGGAGCCUUCUGGGUUAUGUUCUUAAAGAGGAAUGUGACCCUAAUCCUUGGAAACCUUGGCUAAAGUCACAGUAAAGAAGGAGGUUUAGAGAAACAUCCUCCCGUGUUGGAGAGGUACCUUUGGUACCUGGGUAGGGAGUUAAGAGAUCUGAUGGCCAGUCCCAGCCCUUCUGUGGAUUUCCUCUGUUUCCUUGAGAUAUUUAAGGUCCAGGGGACACAGUUACUCUUCUACCAACUACGGGGCACAGACCAGACCAGAUGAUCUCAGGGGUCUCUCUGACUCAGCUCUUUAUUGAAAUAUACGUAGAGGAAAGUGCACACACAUCGUAAGUGGAUGGCUUGAUGGAGUCAUUGUCACAAAGUGAACACACCUCUGUAACCAGUGCCUCAAUUAAUAGGAAUUACCGGUACCCCAGAGUCUUCCUUCCCUCAUGCUCCCAGGAGUAACCAACAUGCUGACUUUGUUUAGUUUUGCCUGUUUUUCAAAAAUUCAUGAAUAGAAUCAUGCAGUAUAUACUCUUUUUGCACCUGGAUUGUUUUACUUAUUAUGUUUGUGAAAUCCAUCUACGAUAUUGCCUGUAGUCAUUUAUUUUUUUUUCAUUCUCCUUCCUCUAAUGGUAUUCAGUUGUUUGUCUGUUUCAUAAUUGCCAGAUAUUUAGAUUGUUUCCAGUUUGGGCAUAUUAGUAAUAGCGUUCCUAUGCAUGCUUUGUGCAAAUCUUUUGGUGAUGAUUGUAUUGUGUUUGUUCAGGGACUACAGAAAUUUAGAUUCAAUGGCACUGUGGAGUGAUGUUGAACUUCAGGUAGCUAAGUGAUUUGUGUGCUUCAACGUGGUGUUCUAAGCCUGCUUGCUCUACGGGAUAGAUGAAGAUGUUUUCAUAGAGUACUUUUGGUGGGUGUGACCAGGUGGGAGCCCCCUCUGAUGCGUGAGUGAUGUCGUAAAGCCUGUUGCCCUGGCAGAGAAGGAUUUUGGUUGCCUGGCACCAGGAAAGGCUUACAGAGGGGAUGAGAAAAUAGAUCCAGAAGAGAGAGAUGUCUGGACUCCCCCCUUGGAAACUGUCAGGAUAUCUUGCCAACCAGAUCAAGAGCCUUGGAAAAGUGACAACCCAGGGGGGAAGACUCAGCUUAUGAAACCUGGCGUGUCUAGGGAGACCUCUAGGUUGGACUUCGCCCUUGACAAAUAAGAAAAUGAUGAGUGACGCAAGUGACAUGUUGGCUGCGGCGUUGGAGCAGAUGGAUGGUAUCAUAGCAGGUUCUAAGGCCCUGGAAUAUUCCAAUGGGAUUUUUGAUUGCCAGUCUCCCACUUCUCCUUUCAUGGGGGGCUUGCGAGCCCUUCACCUUGUGGAGGACCUGCGUGGACUGUUGGAGAUGAUGGAAACGGAUGAGAAGGAAGGCCUGAGAUGCCAGAUCCCAGACUCCACAGCAGAAACGCUCAUUGAGUGGCUUCAGAGUCAAAUGACAAAUGGACACCUUCCUGGGAACGGAGAUGUGUACCAGGAAAGGCUGGCACGUUUAGAAAAUGAUAAAGAGUCCCUUGUUCUUCAGGUAAGUGUGUUAACAGACCAGGUGGAGGCUCAGGGGGAGAAGAUUAGAGAUUUGGAGUUUUGUCUGGAAGAGCACAGAGAGAAGUUGAAUGCCACAGAAGAAAUGCUGCAGCAGGAGCUUCUGAGUAGGACAUCUUUAGAAACUCAGAAAUUGGAUCUGAUGGCCGAAAUAUCAAACUUGAAGUUAAAACUGACGGCUGUGGAGAAGGACAGACUGGAUUAUGAAGAUAGGUUUAGAGACACAGAGGGCCUAAUUCAGGAGAUCAACGAUUUGAGGUUAAAAGUCAGUGAAAUGGACAGCGAGAGACUUCAGUAUGAAAAAAAGCUUAAGUCAACCAAAUCUUUAAUGGCCAAACUUUCUAGCAUGAAAAUCAAGGUGGGUCAGAUGCAGUAUGAAAAGCAGCGGAUGGAACAAAAACGGGAGUCACUGAAGGAUGAACUGGCAUCUUUAAAAGAACAACUGGAAGAAAAGGAAGCAGAAGUAAAAAGGCUACACGAAAAAUUGGUUUCCAAGGUGAAAGGAGAAGGGAUUGAAAUUCUUGAUAGAGAUGAAAAUUUUAAAAAGAAGCUCAAAGAAAAAAAUAUUGAAGUACAAAAAAUGAAAAAGGCUGUGGAGUCUUUGAUGGCAGCAAACGAAGAAAAGGAUCGGAAAAUAGAAGAUCUUCGACAGUGCCUGAACAGGUGCAAGAAAAUGCAAGAUAUGGUGGGACUGGCCCAAGGUCAGAAAGGCAAAGAUGGAGAGUAUGAAGAUCUGCUCCAUUCCAACUCCAUCUCGGCUUUGUUGGAUGCACAGGGUUUUAGUGAUCUCGAGAAAAGUCCACCGCCUACUCCAGUCAUGGGAUCUCCCAGUCGUGACCCAUUUAACACAAGUGCUCCCGAAGAGUUCCAUACCAGCAUCUUGAAAGUUUCAAUCCCUUCAUUAUUGCCAGCAUCUAUAGAUGUGGAAACUUCUGAAAAUUCAAAGUUGCCUCCCAAGGCUGAGACUUCAUUUGAGGAGAAUGAUGGAAAAAUAAUCCUUGGUGCUGCUGUGGAAACCCAGCUAUGUGAUAGUGUUUUAACUUCAAGUCUGCAAAAGUCCAGCAGCCUGGGCAAUCUGAAGAAAGAGCAAUCAGAUGGGGAAAAGGAGUCUAUUCAGAAGACUUCAGAGGAUAAACCUCCAGCGGAAAGCAGCCCGUUCGGAAGUCUCCCUCCCAAAGCUCCAGGACACAAUGCCUCCAUGGAUGACAACCCCUUUGGCACUCGGAAAGCCAGAUCUUCCUUUGGCCGGGGAUUUUUUAAAAUCAAAAGUAACAAGAGGACAGCAAGUGCCCCAAACUUGGAUCGUAAACGAAGUGCCAGUGCACCCACCUUAGCUGAGACAGAAAAGGAGACAGCAGAGCACCUAGAUCUGGCUGGUGUGUCUUCUCGGCCAAAAGGUUCCCAGGGGAACAGUCCCUUCCAGAUGUCUCCACCAUCUCCAGACUCCAAAAAGAAAUCCAGAGGUAUCAUGAAACUCUUUGGAAAACUUAGGAGAAGUCAGUCAACGACAUUCAACCCAGAUGACAUGUCUGAGUCUGAAUUCAAAAGAGGAGGGACAAGGGCAACUGCAGGGCCCCGGUUGGGUUGGUCUCGAGACUUGGGACAGUCUAACAGUGACUUGGAUAUGCCAUUUGCCAAAUGGACCAAGGAGCAGGUGUGCAGUUGGCUCGUGGAACAGGGCUUGGGCUUCUACCUGAAUUCCGGCAAGCACUGGAUUAUAUCUGGCCAGACACUUUUGCAGGCUUCUCAGCAAGAUCUAGAGAAGGAACUUGGAAUCAAGCAUUCACUUCAUCGAAAGAAACUCCAGCUGGCUCUGCAAGCCCUGGGAUCUGAAGAAGAAACCAAUCAUGGGAAACUAGAUUUCAACUGGGUCACUAGAUGGCUGGAUGACAUUGGCCUCCCCCAGUAUAAGACUCAGUUUGAUGAAGGACGGGUAGAUGGUCGAAUGCUCCAUUACAUGACUGUUGAUGACCUGCUGACUUUGAAGGUGGUGAGCGUGCUACACCAGCUCAGCAUCAAAAGAGCCAUCCAGGUCCUGAGGAUCAAUAACUUUGAACCGAACUGUCUCCGGAGGCGCCCGUCGGACGAGAAUAGCAUCGCCCCAUCAGAGGUUCAGCAGUGGACCAACCAUCGAGUGAUGGAGUGGCUACGCUCCGUGGACUUGGCGGAAUAUGCCCCCAACCUCAGAGGCAGUGGUGUCCAUGGUGGGCUCAUGGUUCUAGAACCUCGUUUUAAUGUAGAAACCAUGGCUCAGUUAUUGAACAUCCCACCAAAUAAGACUUUGUUACGAAGGCAUUUGGCCACUCAUUUCAACCUUCUGAUUGGUGCUGAGGCCCAGCGCCAGAAGCGAGACGCCAUGGAGUUACCAGACUAUGUACUACUAACAGCUACUGCCAAAGUGAAGCCAAAGAAACUUACCUUCAGCAAUUUUGGGAAUCUGAGAAAGAAGAAACAAGAAGAUGGUGAAGAAUAUGUUUGUCCAAUGGAAUUGGGACAGGCAUCAGGAAGUGCAUCUAAGAAAGGAUUUAAACCUGGUUUGGACAUGCGCCUGUAUGAUGAAGACGAUUUGGACCGAUUAGAGCAGAUGGAAGAUUCAGAAGGGACAGUGAGACAGAUAGGUGCAUUCUCUGAAGGCAUCAACAAUCUGACACACAUGUUGAAGGAAGACGACAUGUUUAAAGAUUUUGCAGCCCGUUCCCCCAGUGCCAGCAUCACAGACGAAGACUCAAAUGUUUGACCCCAGUGCCUGGGUGAACAUGAGGAGCUCUUAGUCUUUCCUCCGCUUUCUUCUCUAAACUCUCACAGCAUAUACACAAUAAGCAACGGACUGUAUAUUGUUUAUCGAUCCAGCUUUCUGCUUACUGAGAAGUAGAAACGGGAAGCAGGGGAGACGUGCCGAUUCUGAAGGUGCCACGCAAAACGAGACACUGGCGAACGAGAGUAUAAUUGUUUUUCCUCUAUUUAAUGUAAAAAUCUGUGAUAUAUUCUAUUUAAAA